GGGCGGCCCUCCUCUCUCCCUCACCGCAGCCCGACCUCCGGGACGCGGCGACCGCGAGAAGUAACCUCUGGGUUGAGAGCCCCGCCCGAGUCGCAAGCCCAGGCGUCUCCGCGCGUGCGCAAAUUGGCUGGAGGGGGCCUGGGCGCGGGGUUCUGGGGCGACACCCCCGCCCAGGCCAAGGGCCGAGGUGUCGCGGCGCGUGCGCAAACGCGCUGGCGGGGCCCAGGCGCACGGCUCCGGGAUUGUACCCCGACCCGGGCCGAGGGGGUGCUGCGCCUGCGCGAGAGGCGGAGGGGCUACGCCGCGGGGAGGGUCGCGUGUGGAGUCUCCUCAGGGCUGUAGUCGGCCCGCAGGCUUCACCUCCUUCGGUCCCGGCGGCUGAGGUUCGUCUUGGGCACGAGGGAGGCUCCUGCCUCGGAGUUUCGCCCUCCUUUCCCACUCUCCGCCCCCCGUAGGCUGCUGUCUUCAUUUCUGUCGGCUCCGCUCUAGUCUCUCGUCCUCAGCCCCCGGCUUGCUGAAUUCAUGACUGUGCCUUGGACUUUUGGUCCUGAUUUCGAGGGAUAGCGCAGAAAAGUUUAAGCUAGGAGGAGCUGUUUGGGAACUGCUGUGGAGGAAUGGGGAGAAGUUGCUAAAAUUCCUCGUUUUAGCCGGGAGAUACUGCUCUGCUUAGCCCCGGAAAUAGAGAUUUUCAGACGCUCAGAACUUUACUAGUGCUCCGCCCUGGUCCAGAAAGAACUUCCUGCCAGAGUUGGAAAGCGAGUUUGGAGCGAACUUUUUGCUUUUGUUCUUUGGGACAUUACAUAAAAUGUCGAAACAGUCACAUUGACCUUACCCUAGAAGACAACUUCACAAGGAUCUAGAAGGAACCAGGAUUAAAGAUGAGUGAACACUGGGCUCCAGAAAUUUAAAACAGGGACUGCACAGAACUGGGUCCACAUGGAAGAAGAUUUUCUCCUUGUGUAUGGAGGACGUGUCAAGAUGCCAGAGAAAGAUGGGGGAGGUGAAGCAGAUAUGAGCAAAGCAGUCAAGCCAGUACGGGCUACUCCGUCGUCUUUGAAGAUGUUAGAUGUGGGAAAGUGGCCAAUUUUCUCCCUUUGUUCUGAGGAAGAACUGCAGUUAGUUCGUCAGGCCUGUGUCUUCGGCAGUGCUGGCAAUGAAGUUUUAUACACCACAGUAAAUGAUGAGAUUUUUGUGCUUGGCACAAACUGCUGUGGCUGUUUGGGAUUGGGUGAUGUCCAGAGCACCAUUGAACCUCGGAGACUGGAUUCUUUAAGUGGCAAAAAAAUCGCCUGCCUCAGCUAUGGGAGUGGCCCGCAUGUUGUCCUUGCAACCACAGAAGGAGAAGUCUUUACCUGGGGUCAUAAUGCUUACAGUCAGCUGGGUAAUGGGACGACUAAUCAUGGUUUAGUUCCCUGUCAUAUCUCUACUAAUUUGUCAAACAAACAAGUCAUUGAAGUUGCCUGUGGAUCUUACCAUUCAUUGGUGCUAACAUCUGAUGGAGAGGUAUUUGCUUGGGGUUAUAAUAACUCUGGGCAGGUGGGAUCUGGAUCAACAGCUAAUCAGCCAAUCCCUCGAAGAGUCACUGGCUGCUUACAGAAUAAAACAGUUGUGAAUAUAGCCUGUGGGCAGAUGUGCUCAAUGGCAGUGGUGGACACUGGGGAGGUCUAUGUCUGGGGUUACAAUGGAAACGGGCAGCUGGGACUUGGCAGUGGUGGCAACCAGCCAACCCCUUGUAGAAUAGCAGCUUUGCAAGGCAUCCGUGUCCAGCGGGUUGCCUGUGGCUACGCACACACAUUAGUAUUAACAGACGAAGGUCAAGUGUAUGCUUGGGGUGCCAAUUCUUACGGCCAGUUGGGCACUGGCAAUAAAAGUAACCAGUCCUAUCCUACUCCUGUCAUUGUGGAAAAGGACAGCAGCUGCUGCGGUCAGCCAAGCCCGAGCCCCGCCCCUGCCUUCCCGCGUGGCGCUGGGUGCUCCAGAAUCAUAGAGAUUGCAGCCUGCCACUCUGCCCACACGUCAGCUGCCAAGACGCAGGGAGGCCACGUGUACAUGUGGGGCCAGUGCCGGGGCCAGUCGGUGACCCUUCCCCACCUCACCCACUUCUCCUCCACCGACGACGUGUUCGCCUGCUUUGCCACCCCUGCCGUCACGUGGCGCCUCCUGUCUGUGGAACCUGACGACCACCUCACAGUGGCUGAGUCCCUGAAGAGGGAAUUCGACAACCCCAACACUGCAGACCUGAAGUUUCUGGUGGAUGGAAAGUACAUUUAUGCACAUAAAGUCCUUCUGAAAAUUAGGUGUGAGCAUUUUCGCUCUUCCUUGGAAGGCAAUGAGGAUGAGAUUGUAGAAAUGAGUGAAUUUUCGUAUCCUGUUUACCGGGCCUUCCUGGAGUACCUGUACACAGACAGCAUCAGCCUGUCCCCCGAGGAGGCAGUAGGAUUGCUAGAUUUGGCUACAUUUUAUAGAGAAAAUCGUUUGAAAAAACUCUGCCAACAGACAAUCAAGCAAGGAAUUUGUGAGGAGAACGCCAUUGCACUGCUCUCAGCUGCCGUGAAGUAUGAUGCUCAGGACUUAGAAGAAUUCUGCUUCAGAUUUUGCGUAAACCAUUUGACUGUGGUGACACAGACUUCAGGCUUUGCAGAAAUGGACCAUGAUCUCUUGAAGAACUUUAUCAGCAAAGCAAGCAGAGUUGGAGCCUUUAAAAACUGAUCCUCAUCUGUAUUUUAAGAUUUUCAUUUUCCCUGAAAAAAACUUUUUUUUAAUGGUAUUUACGAUGAGUUACAUUUGGCUGAAUACCCAUGUUCUGCUGAAUGGAGGAUGGUGGUCAGUCCUCCCCAUCUUUUGAAAUCCAGUCUUUCUAGAAGGCAUUAAAUGCUCUGAACAGAUGUGACUGAGCUCAAGGGAAAAAAUGUAAAUGUCUUAAUCUACCAUUUCCUCUUUCAAGUUGCCGAGUCGGAGGUGUUUGGUACAUGGGUUCUGGCCCAAUUCCUACAGUCAGCAGGCUGAUGCCGCACAAGAGCUUGAUGCUCGAUGGGGAAUGCUCUCGUACCACACUUGCAGCAUCCAGCUCAGUGCCUUGCAUAUAGUAGGCACUCACCUUACUAUAAAUCUUGAGCACGCCCUGCGAACAGCUUUACUUGUGGGACACAGGAUGAAGGAAUAAGUUCCACAAGACAUUUUAAACAACUGAGACUCGGCGUUCCCGUUGUGGUGCAGUGGUUAAUGAAUCUGACUAGGAACCAUGAGGUUGCGGGUUCGAUCCCUGGCCUUGCUCAGUGGGUUAAGGAUCUGGCGUUGCCGUGAGGUGUGGUGUAGGUUGCAGACACAACCGUGAGCUGUGGUGUAGGUUGCUGUGGCUCUGGCAUAGGCUAGUGGCUACAGCUCUGAUUUGACCCCUAGCCUAGGAACCUCCAUAUGCUGCAGGAGCAGCCCAGAAAUGGCAAAAAGACAAAAAAACAAAAAAAAACGGAGACUCAAACACUUCUGGUAAAUCAUUCUGAGAAAUAGUGGCUAAUUUGGAGCAUUAAUUAGAAUUCACAAAAGGCCUUGCCAAUUAAAUUGUUCAAGACCCAAGGGCUCAUUUCAGUUCUCUGCUCUGAGUCAUUAAUUUCUCAUAAGGGAUUAUUGAAUAUGAAGUACUGUCUUAGAAUGAAUGUUAUUUCUGGGUUCAUCUGCCUUACAUAAUUACAUGUCUUUUGUGUUGAGAUUUCCCUCUAUAAGUAAAAAUGAUUUUGUGUUUUUCUUGUGGUUGACUUUUGUGUGACUAUAAAAUAGAUCUCUUAACUUGGCAUAGUGUAAUUAUAAAGUACUAGCUGAAAAGGAACUAAUAUUUACAUUUCAUGGGCAGCACUGGUUAAGAAUGAGCUAAAUGUGUGCUUUUUAGAUCAAGUUACCCAACUGCUAAUGAGAAACUGGAACAGGAUGUGGGAGGCAGCUCAGUGUCUCCUAUUGUGUAUUGCACAGUAUGAUACCAUGUAAAUAAAACGCUUUUAAAAUUAGAAAAUUUGUUUUGACACCAAACUGUUUGAUAAUAAAGUGCUUAUUUGCUGAUAAUAGAA